CACCCGCAGAUCAUGAGCGACAACGGAAGCGAGACCCAGGUUGUGGCCGACGUCGAGGAGGUCCAGGUCCAGGAGACCGAGGCCCCCAAGGGCAAGAUGUCGGUCGAGGACGCCCUCCAGGAGGUGCUCAAGAAGGCCCUCGUCCACGACGGCCUCGCCCGCGGCCUCCGCGAGUGCGCCAAGGCCCUCGACAAGCGCCAGGCCCACCUCUGCGUCCUCAACGAGUCGUGCACCGAGGGCGAGUACGUCAAGCUCAUCGAGGCCCUCUGCGCCGAGCACAAGAUCAACCUCAUCAAGAUCUCGGACCCCAAGCUCCUCGGCGAGUGGGCCGGCCUCUGCAAGCUCGACAAGGAGGGCGUCGCCCGCAAGGUCGUCGGCUGCUCGUGCGUCGUCGUCAAGGACUACGGCCAGGAGUCCGAGGCCCUCUCGGUCCUCCUCGACUACUUUGCGUCGCGCUAA